GGAUAAAAGCGUCUGCCAAAUGCAUAAAUGUAAAUGUAACCUCGUUGAAGCAAUCUGUUUUCAUCUCUAAGUUCCUCCAUUUGACUCUGAGUAAGGUUUGACCUUGAAUCAAUAAAGAUUCUGUUAAAUGGUAUGUAAAUGGAACACCCUUUUUGUUGCAUUAAAAUUAACAUUCAUGAAAUUGUCAGUUUUUGGCGAUGUACCAUAAUUCUUCUUGCUCAGCUCAUCCAGAAGGAAUCUCUGUUGUUCUGCAACAUUCUCAUUGUCCCUCAGUCUAUUCUCCUAUGACUAUUAUGUUUGCUUUCUGCUCAGAUCAAAGAUCAAAAAGUCCUUUUUUACUCUAAAUCGCCACUUUUACAUUUACUUUCAAUUUUACAUCUGAAAAUCAUGUGGCGCCUGUUUAGUUUCAUGGUCAUAUCUGAAAAUGAAUGUUAAAGUGGAGAUUUAGAAUAAAAGAGAACUUAAAUAUUGUUCUGUUUCUCACAUACUCCUAUUAUAUUGCUUCUGAAGGUAUUGAUUUAACUACUGGAGACAUAUGGAUUACUUUUAUGUAUCCUUUAUGUGAUUUUUGGAGCUACAAAUGUCUGAUCACCAUUCACUUGCGCUGUAUGGACCUACGGAGCUGCAACAUUUUUCAAAAAAAUCUUAAUUUGUGUUCUGCAUACAAAAUAAAGUCAUAGACAUCUAAGAUGACAUGAGGGAGCAGAAUAACACUACUAGGAAAGCUUGACAGAGUGAACUACAAAAGGUUCUGUGCAACUUUGACAAACUAGCAGGCAUUUUAAUCAGUGAUUGUGACCUAAAAGUCACACCUCACAGUCACAUCUAUUUGCACACAUAUUACAAACACAGAACCAGUAUUUCAGCACUUCAGUUGAGGGAAAACGAAACUUAAGUGCUGUUGUGUCUUUCUAUUCGAGUGUGCAUGCAGUAAAAUGGCAGAAGCCAGUAUUUCAGAGGAUCAGUUCAGCUGUCCAGUGUGUCUGGAUAUACUGAAGGAUCCAGUGACUAUUCCCUGUGGACACAGUUAUUGUAUGAGCUGUAUUACAGACUGCUGGGAUCAGGAUACUCUGAAGGGAGUCUACAGCUGCCCCCUUUGCAAACACAUUUUCUCUCCAAGACCUGUUGUGGGUAAGAAUGUGGUGUUCGCUGAAAUGUUGGAGAAACUGAAGAAGACUAAACUCCAAGCCACUGUUGCUGGUCAAUGUUAUGCUGGACCUGGAGAUGUGGAGUGUAACGUCUGUACUGGAAGAAAAUACAAAGCAGUCAAGUCCUGUCUAGUGUGUCUGAAGUCUUACUGUGAAACUCAUUUUAAGCGUCAUGAGAAAUUUCACCCAGGCAAGCGACACAAAGUGAUCAAUGCCUCUGGACGACUUCAGGAGAUGAUCUGUCUAAAACACAAUAAAAAGUUGGACAUCUACUGUCGCACUGACCAGCAGAGCGUUUGUGAUCUGUGUAUGAUGGAUGAACACAAAUACCAUGAGUCUGUUUCAGUUUCAGCUGAGAGAACAGAGAAACAGAAACAGUUGAAGGGUAUACAUAGAGACCUGCGGCAGAUAAUCCAGGAGCGAGAGAAAGAUGUUGAGGAUCUGAAAGAGGCUGUGAAGUCUCAUAAGCACUCUGCACAGACAGCAGUGGAGGACAGUGAUAGGAUCUUUACUGAGCUGAUGCGCUCCAUUGAGAGAAGCCGCUCUGAGGUGAAGCAGCUGAUCAGAGAUCAGGAAAAGGCUGCAGUUAGUGAAGCUGAAGGACUCUUGAAGCAACUAGAGCAGAAGAUUGCUGAUCUUAAGAGGAGAGAUGCUGAGCUGGAGCAGCUUUCACACACAGACGAUCACAUCCAUUUUCUCAAGUGUCUGUCCGUUGCUGAAUCUACAGAUAUUCCCAGCAUCACUCUAACUAAUCUUAUCUCUUUUGAUGAUCUGAGAAUGUCUCUCUCUCAACUUAGAAAGAAACUUGAGGAUCUAUGCAAAGGCAAGAUAAAAAAGAUAUCGGAUAGAGUGAAAUGCAUCCAGACCAUUCCCUUCCAUGACCCCAAGACCAGGGAGGAGUUUUUACAAUAUUCCCAUCAGCUCACUCUAGAUCUAAACACAUUGAAUGGACUCCUCUAUCUAUCUGAUGAGAACAGAGAGAUUUCUCAAGGUGACACAUUCUACCACUAUCCUGAUCAUCCAGACAGAUUUGAUUACUGGGAGCAGGUGUUGUGUAGAGAGAGUGUUUGUGGUCGCUGUUACUGGGAGGUGGAGCUGGAUGGGAGCAGUACUGUGGAAAUAGCAGUGUCUUAUAAGAACAUCAGCAGGAAGCGAGAACAUUUGAGAACAGACUGCUUAUUUGGAUGUAAUAAUCUGUCCUGGAGUUUGUGCUGCUCUUCCGACAGACACACAUUCAGUUACAAUAAUAUAAAGACUGAACUCCCUGUAGUGUGCAGCUCGUGUAGAAUAGGAGUGUAUGUGGAUCACGGUGCUGGAAUUCUGUCUUUCUAUAGCGUCUCUGACAAAAUGAUCCUCAUCCACAGAGUCCAGACCACAUUCACUCAACCUCUGUAUCCGGGGUUUAGAGUUUAUUGGGGAUCAAUGAUGAAACUGUGUGAUUUAACACCAUAGAGUGUAGAGUUCCACAUGUUAGUAUAAGUAUGUAAAUAUAUGUAUGUUAGUAUACACUGUUAAUACAUGCUUGCCAAAGCACAGCUUUGAGCUGCAUUUUAAAUAAUUAACAGUGAGAUAAAUAAUUUCAAUGAUCUAUAACACUACAGUAUCUCAUAACUACUGUUAACUAUAAACUUGUUACUGUCAAUAAAAAUGUUUUCUAUGAUUAAAUUAAAAAUCUUCCAAUCAUAUUAAUCUAAUAAUGGUUUUAGUGUAAGUGAGUGAGAUAGCAUCACCAACUAACAACACAGAUAAUUUCCACAUGCUAUUACUAAAAUGUAAUUUAAAUUAAAAAUUGCUUCAAAGCCUGGAAAUGUGUUCAUAUUGAAGUAAUGCCUUAUUUUUGUUCAUUUAAUCACGAAACAUUAAAUCCUCAUCUUUCUCAAUAAAUGAUAUGCAAAUCAAUACUUGUAAUGAUAAAGUAGUGUCAUGCCACGAGAUGGCAGCACAACCCUAUUCUCAUAAAGCAUUCUGUGGCUGUCAAUAAAGUCAGAUCU